CCAAAAUCAACCAGUUCACCUCGCCUCGCUGGAGAAGGACCCCGGGCCCCUCCUCCGAUCCCUCUUUCGCAGUAUAAAUAGACCCCUCGACCUCCCCUGCAACACCCAGCAAACCAAGCUCAGUGAGUGAGUGAGCACGCAAGCCAGUGUUUGUAGCCAGCAGCCACAAUGGCCGGGAACAUGCUAGCCAACUAUGUCCAAGUCUACGUCAUGCUCCCGCUGGACGUCGUGAGCGUCGACAACAAAUUCGAGAAGGGCGACGAGAUCAGGGCGCAGCUGAAGAAGCUGACGGAGGCCGGCGUGGACGGCGUCAUGAUAGACGUCUGGUGGGGGCUGGUGGAGGGCAAGGGCCCCAAGGCGUACGACUGGAGCGCCUACAAGCAGGUCUUCGACCUGGUGCACGAGGCCGGGCUCAAGCUGCAGGCCAUCAUGUCAUUCCACCAGUGCGGUGGCAACGUCGGCGACGUCGUCAACAUCCCCAUCCCACAGUGGGUUCGCGACGUCGGCGCCACCGACCCCGACAUUUUCUACACCAACCGCGGCGGGACGAGGAACAUCGAGUACCUCACCCUUGGAGUGGACGACCAGCCUCUCUUCCAUGGAAGAACUGCCGUCCAGAUGUAUGCUGAUUACAUGGCGAGCUUCAGGGAAAACAUGAAGAAGUUCUUGGAUGCCGGUACCAUCGUGGACAUUGAAGUGGGACUUGGCCCAGCUGGAGAGAUGAGGUACCCAUCGUAUCCUCAGAGCCAAGGAUGGGUCUUCCCAGGCAUCGGAGAAUUCAUCUGUUAUGAUAAGUACCUGGAAGCAGACUUCAAAGCAGCAGCGGCGAAGGCUGGCCACCCUGAGUGGGAAUUGCCUGACGAUGCUGGAGAGUACAACGACACUCCCGAGAAAACCCAAUUCUUCAAGGACAACGGAACAUACCUCACAGAGAAGGGGAAGUUUUUCCUGUCAUGGUACUCCAACAAACUGAUCAAGCACGGUGACAAGAUCUUGGACGAAGCAAACAAGGUCUUCUUGGGAUGCAGGGUGCAGCUGGCAAUCAAAAUCUCUGGCAUUCACUGGUGGUACAGGGUUCCAAACCAUGCAGCCGAGCUCACAGCUGGGUACUACAACUUAGAUGACAGAGACGGCUACAGAACCAUAGCACGCAUGCUCACAAGGCAUCAUGCUAGCAUGAACUUCACUUGUGCAGAGAUGAGGGACUCCGAGCAAAGCGAAGAGGCGAAGAGCGCACCAGAAGAACUAGUCCAACAGGUGCUGAGUGCUGGAUGGAGAGAGGGUUUACAUGUGGCGUGCGAAAACGCACUCGGUCGAUAUGAUGCCACUGCUUACAACACAAUACUCAGGAAUGCGAGGCCGAAAGGCAUCAACAAGAAUGGCCCUCCUGAGCACAAACUGUUUGGAUUCACCUACCUCCGGUUAUCGAAUGAGCUACUGGAGGGACAGAACUAUGCCACUUUCCAAACUUUUGUUGAGAAAAUGCAUGCUAACCUGGGUCAUGACCCAAGUGUUGAUCCAGUGGCGCCUUUGGAAAGAUCAAAGCCAGAAAUGCCAAUUGAAAUGAUCCUGAAAGCAGCGCAGCCAAAACUGGAGCCAUUCCCCUUUGAUAAGAAUACCGACCUGCCAGUUAAAGAUCACACUGAUGUCGGGGAUGAGGUGCUCGUUGCCCCUGUGUAGAAAUCUUUCUCUAUCUUCAUAAAAUAAUGUGCAUCACUGAUGCAGUCUACAAGAGGGUCAAGACGUGCUUUCUGAGAAUUGAGGUGCACAGGAAAUAAGCCGCCGAGGAUAAAUAAACUGUGUACUACAAUGUUAUAGCCAUAUAGUCUGGCAAUACUAUUGUACUGGUAAUCAUGAGGUUGUAUGCUUUUCCGAUGAGCUGCAGUUCAUCGGAACUCCGUCCCACUUUGCUGUGUGUAUUUGAGUGAACAAAUAAAACAGUUUGUGCUUAUAACUUAA